AUGCUUGGGGCGCUUGGGAAGAAUUUGACGGAGGCGGUAAACAAGCUAAACACAGGAAAUGUCAAUGAAGAGGUGAUCCAGAGUUUUAUAAAGUCUGUUGCGACGGCAUUGAUCGAGGCGGAUGUGUCGAUUCAUAUAGUGAAGCGUGUGCGUGACAAUUUGCGAACGAAAGCCAGCACGUUAUUGGAUUCAUCGAAGAAGGUAGCUAGUCAGACGGUGAAGAAGACAUUGACUCGUGCAUUGGUUGAGGAGAUAACAGCGGUGUUGACGCCUCCGACUAAAGCUUAUCGUCCGGUGAAGGGUCGGUGUAAUGUGGUGAUGUUUGUGGGGUUGCAGGGUGUUGGUAAAACGACAACGGUUUCGAAAUAUGGGUUGUACUACAAGAAUAAGGGAUUCCGUGUGGGUGUUGUGUGUGCUGACACAUAUCGUGCCGGUGCUUACGAUCAAUUGAAGCAGAAUGCAGCUCGUUGUCGUAUACCAUUUUAUGGUGACCCUUCGUUAUUAGAUUCAGUGGAGAUUGCAUUUCAGGGUGUAAAGAGUCUUCAGAAGAAAGCGGGAUUAGAUUUGAUAGUAGUGGAUACAAGUGGUCGACACAAGCAGGAGGACUCUCUGUUCCAAGAAAUGAUAGAGAUACAAGCAGCAGUCAAAGCAGAUGCUUGUAUCUACGUGGUGGAUGCACACAUCGGUCAAGCUUGCUACGACCAGGCCAAGGCGUUUAGGGAAGCGGUGAAUGUGGCUUCCGUCAUCCUGACUAAGAUGGACGCAAAUGUUAAGGGAGGUGGUGCACUUUCUGCCGUAGUCGCGACUGGUUGUCCUGUGGCGUUCGUGGGUUUAGGUGAAGGCUUCGUCGAUUUCGAACCCUUCGAUGUAGAUCGGUUCGUCGCGAGACUUCUAGGAAUCCACGACCCCCAAAGCCUGCUGAAAAUUGUUCACGAGGAAAUGGGACCAGGCUCCAAGGACGCCGCCAAACGAUGGGCCAAGGGUGGCAUGACUUUCGAAGAUAUACGAAAACAACUCAAUAUGAUGACCAAUGUUGGAACUAUGGGCUCUAUGCUAUCUUCCAUACUACCCGGCGUAGACUCUAAAGAACUCCUAGCCGGAGGACUCCCAGACCUCAAAGUCUUCAUCGCACUUAUAGACGCCAUGACUCCUAAUGAACGCACAGGCCAAGUCAAAUUAUGCGAUAGCCGCCGACUUAGACUCGCUAAAGGCGCCGGCUGCCAACUUGUCUAUGUCGACCUACUCAUCAAACUACACGCAGGCAUGAACAAAACCUUUUCCAACGUCGGCAAACGCAUCGCCAAAGCAAAACGUAUGAAAUGA